AUGUCGACGACCAUCAAGUCCCCCAUCGCUUUAACUGCACAGCCCUAUAUCUGCGGAGGAUCCGCUGCUGUCUUUGCUGCUGUAGCUAUUCACCCCAUCGAUCUCGUUAAAGUUCACCUUCAACUGGCUGGGCAAACAGGAUCCAAUGUGACUGGUUUCGGUGUCGCCCGUUCCGUUGUGGCUAAAGAAGGAAUUACUGGUCUAUAUGCUGGUCUCUCAGCUGCUGUAGCCCGUCAAAUGGUCUAUGGAACAGCUCGUCUUGGUAUGCACCGUGCAUUUUCUGAUAAAAUGAUUGCGCGCCGUGUUGCCAACGGAGAGAGCGCUUCAUUACCAUUAGCCAUCAAAUCAGCGUCUGCUAUAGUAACUGGUGGCAUUGCUGCUACACUUGGUUGUCCUAUGGAUGUAGCACUUGUACGAAUGCAAGCCGAUACAUUAGCCCAAUCUAGUGAAAAGCGUGGGUACAAGAAUGUAUUUGAUGCAAUCUUAAAGAUUGCAGGUUCAGAAGGUGUAACAACACUAUGGCGAGGGAGUAUCCCAUUAGUCGCUCGUGGUGCUGCUAUGAAUCUUGGAAUGAUGGCUUCAUAUGAUCAAGCGAAAGAGAUGCUUUCAGCUCAUUAUGGUCACGGUUUUGUGACAAAUAUGGGAGCAAGUGCCGUGUCUGGUUUUGCUUGUGCAUUCACUUCGCUACCAUUUGACUUGGUCAAGUCACGUCUAAUGAACAUGAAAGUUAAUCCCACAACAAAUCUAUAUCCUUAUUCGGGUGUGACGGAUUGUUUCAAGCAAAUUAUCAUCAAGGAAGGUCCAUUAAAGCUUUGGCGUGGGUACUGGACAUACUAUACGCGUUGUGCACCCAAUGCAAUGAUUGUGCUUUUGGUCGUAGAGCAAUUGAACGCCGUGUACAAAAAGACAUUUCUGGACUAG